GACGCCCUGAGCUGGCUAGUCGAGUGCGCCAUUUUAAGCUUUAUUGGACGCUUUGUGUAGUAGAAUCUCGUGGUGGAUUGGACGAGAACAAAGCUGUCAAGUUUAUCGACUAUGCAUUGGAUGAGAUAUCCGAACCAGAGGAAGAAGAAUCCAGGUCCAAAUGGAGAAAACAUCUGCUUGUCCCAUGAGAAGAGGCUUGGUUGGGCUUGCUUCUCGUCCGCUUGACACAUCUAGAAACAGUCGAGGUCGGCCACGGGUGCUCUGAAUUGAUGUCAGACAUCUUGCGCAAGGCAGCACGGCGCCAGCGACCCUUCCACCAGACCCGAUUCAAUUCAUGAGAUGAAAGGGCCACUUGUUGAUAUACUUCCCUCCUCCCUUGGAAAUCUGGAAGUCCUGGAAAUUGAGGAGGAUCAUUACCUUGAUCUGCUGUUUGACCUGUCACGAUUGGUGCAAGGCCGGGCUUCUUUUCCUCGGCUUGAACGAAUCACACUUUACCUGAUGAACUUGGAUAAGAGCCCAUUAAAUUCUUUAAGUCAUGAAUAUGGGACCGUUGGGAUCGACUUUAGGGUGAAGGCACAAGUAUUUUAAUGGUAGGAGUGGUUAUCGUUCAAGGGACAGAAUUGGCAUAAGCAGGCAUGAAUGGCAAUACCUACGGCGUCAAUUCCCUCAAACUGGCACCGUUCAUAAUUACUUCAUUCUAAGCCUCAAUACUCACACUAGCCACACAUGUAUAUAUGUCGUCUGAGACAACUCCGAACAAUACUGAUAUGCCCCUGGGAAAAUAUCUAUGGGGAUCCGGAUGGAUCCACCGGAGGCAUUAGAAUGGAUACUGAACAACAGAACUACUCAUGAGACAGAGAUUCAGG